UCCCGCCCGCUGCCCCAGGGGGCGGGACUGCCGCGGACACCCUGCCCGGCCCUCGGCCGGGUCCCGGGAUGCGCGGAGACACCGGGGGCCGCGCGCCCGGGCCCUAGUGAGGCCAGACCCGGGACUGCCCCUGGACAGGUCCUCCCUGCGCAGGGAGCGGGGGUGGACAUUUUGGGGAGAGGGGAGGGCCUCGCCCGGUCACCCCAGGGCUCUCGGGCCCAGGGUGUUUAGGACCCAGGGGCAGCCCGGGGCGGCUCCCUGGGCCGCGGGAGAUCCUCCCCCUCGGCCGGUGCUCGGCUCAGAUGUCGGAGCAGCGGCGGCUCUGCGCUCCGCACCCACCGUCUGCGGCAGCGGGGCUGGCGGCCCCGGCCCCUGCCCGGCCCCCUCCCCCUACCCCAUGCCUCGGUCCUAACCCCGAAAACCUCCCCCGCGGGGGGCCUUUUCCCGAGCCGCUGGCCCGCCCCGUCCAAGUCGGGAGCCAUGAACGACCAGUACCACCGGGCGGCCCGGGACGGCUACCUGGAGCUCCUCAAGGAGGCCACCCGGAAGGAGCUGAACGCCCCCGACGAGGAUGGCAUGACCCCCACGCUCUGGGCUGCUUACCACGGCAACCUGGAGUCGCUGCGCCUCAUCGUGAGCCGGGGGGGCGACCCGGACAAGUGUGACAUCUGGGGCAACACGCCCCUGCACCUGGCCGCUUCCAAUGGCCACCUGCACUGCCUCUCCUUCCUGGUGUCCUUCGGGGCCAACAUCUGGUGCCUGGACAACGACUACCACACCCCGCUGGACAUGGCCGCCAUGAAGGGCCACAUGGAGUGCGUGCGCUACCUGGACUCCAUCGCGGCCAAGCAGAGCAGCCUCAACCCCAAGCUGGUGGGCAAGCUGAAGGACAAGGCCUUCCGCGAGGCGGAGCGGCGCAUCCGCGAGUGCGCCAAGAUGCAGCGCAAGCACCACGAGCGCAUGGAGCGGCGCUACCGGCGCGAGCUGGCCGAGCGCUCCGACACGCUCAGCUUCUCCAGCCUCACGUCCAGCACCCUGAGCCGCCGGCUGCAGCACCUGGCGCUGGGCAGCCACCUGCCCUACUCGCAGGCCACCCUGCAUGGCACCAACAGGGGCAAGACCAAGAUCCAGCGGAAGCUGGAGCGGCGCAAGCACGGCGGCGAGGGCACCUUCAAGGUCUCCGAGGACGGCCGCAAGAGCGUGCGCUCGCUCUCGGGCCUGCAGCUGGGCAGCGACGUGAUGUUCGUGCGCCAGGGCAACUACGCCAACCCCAAGGAGUGGGGGCGCUCCCCGCUCCGGGACAUGUUCCUCUCGGACGAGGACAGCGUCUCCCGUGCCACGCUGGCGGCCGAGCCUGCCCACUCGGAGGUCAGCACCGACUCCGGCCACGACUCCUUGUUUACCCGCCCGGGCCUGGGCACCAUGGUGUUCCGCAGGAACUACCUGAGCAGCGGGCUGCAGGGGCUGGGCCGGGAGGACGCGGCGCUGGACGGCGCGGGCACGCCGCGGGGCCGGCUGCAGAGCUCCCCCAGCCUGGACGACGACAGCCUGGGCAGUGCCAACAGCCUGCAGGAGCGCAGCUGCGGGGAGGAGCUGCCCUGGGACGAGCUGGACUUGGGCCUCGAUGAGGACCUGGAGCCCGAGACGAGCCCGCUGGAGACCUUCCUGGCCUCCCUGCACAUGGAGGACUUCGCCUCCCUCCUGCGGCAGGAGAAGAUCGACCUGGAAGCCCUGAUGCUGUGCUCAGACCUCGACCUCCGCAGCAUCAGCGUCCCCCUGGGGUCCCGCAAGAAGAUCCUGGGGGCCGUGCGGAGGCGGAGGCAGGCGCUGGAGCGCCCGCCGGCCCUGGAGGACACCGAGCUAUAACAGGGGCCUUCUCCCCCAGACCAAAGUGAAUUGCAAGUUGCCACAACCCACGGUGGGGCCACGAAGUCUCCACAUUUGCCAGCCCUGCAGCCCCGGGCCCCUCCCCAGGGGUAGGGACUCGGAAGCAGAGGGUAUGGCCUGGAGGCGCCCAGAAGGGUCCUGGAGCCCUUGAGCCACCCCCAUUGGAGUGGCCCUAAAGGACGUGUGGAUUUGCAGGAGGCCCGGGGACUAGACUAGUGCCCAUGAGAGCGGGUGGGAGUGGGUGUGUGAGGGGUGGGUGCAGCCUGUCCCAGGGGCCCUGUCCCUCCCAACCCUCCUCCGGGGAUCCCGUUGCUCAGGCUGGACACUUGCUCAUGUCCUGCAUUUCUGGGAAGAGAAGAGUUUGGGCUGCCUUGCCUCACACUCCAGAGAGGAGGUCCUGGCUCGACUCUUCAGCCAAAUGCCCUGACCUCAGUCCCCACCCCUGCCCCUAGCACAGCCAGCCCCCUCUCUUUCUCCCACCGGCCAUGCUGGGGAGUUGGAGUGCCAGGCUGGAGUGCGUGUGUGUGUGUGUGUGUGUGUGUGUGUGUGUGUGUGUAUGGGGCGGGGGUGACUGGUGUCCUUCCCAGCUCACCCUGGGGUGGAGCCCAGCCUGACUCUGCCCUCCCUACCCUGUCCUCCUCCACCUCCCCUCUCCUUGGCUGUGUAGCCUGGCCCCCCAGGGACCCCAGAGGGUCAGGGCCACAGAUGCAAGGUGCUAGAGUAACCGGCUGCAGUAUUAUGGCCCCGGGCCCGAGGCAGGUGGAGCCGGGACGGCAGGGUGCCCAGCCUAGUGCGGGCAGGCCGUCAUGCGGACACUGGAGCAGCCUGAGGAGGUGGAUAAGCUCAGCUGCUGGUCCCCAGGGCUCUGUGUGCUUGUGUUGGGGGUUGGUUGGUGCAUUUCCCUCAAGGCCUGGGAGCGGCUGGGCGGCGGCCUGUUCUGUGUGAAUAGUGGCUAAACGAGAGCUCGUAGGACAAAGGCCAACCCCAGAGGGUCCUCAGACAGGUGUCCUCGGAGCUCUUGGAGGUCACAGAUGUGGGAGUUGCUCAGGGGCCCACCCACAUGUGUGAGCCCAUGCCUACCCCCAUGCAAUGGACCCUAUCCCCGACCUUCAGCUUGGAAGCAGCUUCUGCUGGGAGCACUGCCACAGCCCCCCCCCCCGCACCCCUUCCUUGGCUGGGGCAGGGAAGUGGAACCCCCAAAGAAUGCCACAGGCCUCCCUUUGGGUGUCUUGGGUGUGGGCCCUGUCCGGCCAUGCCCAGAGCUGGGGUGUGAUGGAGGUGGUCGGGUCCCACCCGGAGGGCUGUGCUGCCUGCCACUGCCACCCUGAGCCCACCCCAGUCCUCCUCCCUGUUCUCGGCCUGAGCCUGGGGCCACCCCAAGUGCCGACUAGAUUUCCUCGGAGCCCCAGGUGCUGCCCUUUCCCCUGUUCCCGGCUGUGCCCUGCCUCAGCCCCUCCUGUUCUCCUGUGCUGGGGGAGGGGGCGGCGAGCUCUGUGACUCCCACCCUGUGCAUAGCGCCCCUCCUGCAGGUUCAUUAUAACCUUUGCAGAGUACGUUCUGCAGCAUCGUCA